AUGACUUCUCUUGCCCAGGAUAAGGGUAGGGCGCCCCCCUCCCCGAUCCUACUCCUGCUCUGGGCCGAGGUCGCGGUGCCUCAUGGCGCUUACCCCGCAACUCCAGCUGAACAUCAGCCCUAUGGGGCCCCGUCUGUGGUGGUCGAUUGGCUCUUUGAGGCGCGCGGAACACUACGCCGCGUACGCUCAGGUGACUCAGAAACUCCAGUAUUUGACGAGAAAAACAAGGAUCAUUGGAACAUGCAGGCACAAUGGAUAUUACAAUCAAAGUUAUCCAAUUCCCUGAACACGAAAGUAGCAAAGAACGUGAUCCUGUUCCUCGGAGAUGGGAUGAGCAUCACCACCCUGGCUGCUACCAGAGUAUACCUGGGCCAGAAGUACGGACAUCUGGGUGAAGAACUCAAGCUGAGCUUCGAAGCUUUUCCUUAUACUGGCCUAUCUAAGGUAUGUUAA